AUAAAAUAAAUUCCAUUAAUUAGCUCUAAAUUUAGAGAUUCCUUAGCCAUCAACCAUGAAGUUGUCAUCACUUGGUAUAAUAUGGGCUUUGUUUAUUCUAAUAGUUUUUGUUAAUGAUAUUUAUGCCAAGAGACCAAAGUUUGUGGCCGGUCCUUGGAAACCGGCUAGGGCAACUUUUUAUGGUGGCACUGAUGGGUCAGGAACUUUUGAGGGCGGGGCAUGUGGGUAUGGAGACGUAGUGACCUCCGAAGGAAGAGGAUAUGGGACUCAAACAGCAGCUAUAAGCACAGCUAUGUUCAAAAAUGGGGCUGGUUGUGGGUCUUGCUAUGAACUCAAGUGUGAAGAUGCUACCAAGGGUUGUAAACCCGGCGCACCCUCGAUCACCAUCACCGCCACCAACGUGUGCCCUGGUGGAGGGUGGUGUGCACCACCACAAGAGCAUUUUGAUCUCACUCAACCUGCUUUUCUUCGAAUUGCUGAUCUCAAUGCCGGUGUUAUACCGCUUCAAUACCGGAGAGUUCCAUGCAUAAGAAUAGGAGGAAUGAGGUUCACCAUAUCAUCAAAUUCAAACCCCUACUUCUUGAUGGUGUUGAUAUGGAAUGUAGCGGGUGCAGGAGAUGUUGAAAGGGUACUUAUAAAAGGAAAUAGGGGCAAACCUUUCACAGAAAUGAAGCGCAAUUGGGGUCAAUACUGGGAGUCUAACAACAGUUUAUUAGGUCAAUCACUCACCUUUAGGGUCACUACCAGUGAUGGUAAAAAAUCCACUUCUUGGCAUAGGGUGCCCGCGAAUUGGCAGUUUGGUCAAACAUACGAAGGAAAAAACUUCAAUUGA